AUGGCCCAGGAGACCAAAUCUGAAUUUCGGGGCACGAAACCCCUCCCGUACGAAUUGCGCCAACAUUGUGCCAUCUACUUUGAGGAGAAGCUAUACUCCCAAGCUUUAACGCUGCUAUUGCAUAUAUUAUCCUACGGAACCCCGACGCACGCCCCGGCAUAUGUGCCAGCCCCCCAGCAUUUAGCGCUCGCAGCAACUUUGCUCGUGCACCCGACUACCACCACCAAAGCGAAAUCAAAAGAGGAGAAAGACUCAGCAAGUGCGGCACUACAGCUACUCCGGCUCACCUUACAGUUGGUGGGACCGAUCUCCUCGAAACUAAACGUUGCAUUCACAUUCACGCACUUCGACUCAUCAAGACAUGGCCGUCAGUGGAAGGUUGAUGAGCAGACAACAUCUGUCUCCGGAUUUGAUGACGACGAGACACCAUUGAACCUGGACCUUGCAAAGUCAAAGUCCAUAUGGUCGCGAGCUGAGGAUUUCUGGCAUGCAGUUGGCUGGACAUUUAAUUGUUCGGUCCUAUACCCACGACGCUGGGAAAGGUGGCAGAUAUGGCUUGAAUACAUGUGUCUGGCCAUGGAAAUGGACUGGAUAGAGCGAGAGAAAAUGGUCGUUGCAGACAGUGCGAACAAGUCGGAAGAUCCGUUGAAAGACAGCUUGAUAUGGAAAUUUAUUGAUACAGAUACUACGGGUUAUGGUCGGAACCGGCGUAUACUGCGAGCUAUUUUUGCCGAUGGUAGCGCCACUGCAUUAACUGAGUUUCGCGAGGUUUUCAAAAAUGAGUUAAAAGAGCAGCAGCAAGGAGAAGAUAAUAAGACCCCCAACUCGAGGAAGAGAACAGAAGUGAAUAUCGAUGAAGACGAGUAUGGCGAUUAUCUCUUCCAGGAUGAAGAUGAUUCAGAUGUGCCGGACAAAUCUACAAGAACUCGACCUAAACGUGCUCGUCGAGGUACAAGAGUCGCUGACCUGACUCUCAUUGGAGAAACGGCAGCAAAAGAAGAACAGAAAGCGAAAAAGGUGGCGGAUGAUGCUCAGGCCAAGGGCGAUGUCGCUGCUUACGGUGGCUUUCACUCUCUCGAACUUCGGCAACGUCUAUUAAGUCUCUUGAUCAAAGUGUCUCUAGCCAUGCCAAAAACAUUCAUGCCCACCGAUGCUCUCUACCACUUAUUCGUGGAAAACAUUCGACACCUCCCGCUCCCCAUCUUUCAGACCUUUGUCUCACCGCAAACACUCCCCUGGAUGACAGUAGACGCCCAAAGCACAUUAUGCGAGACCCUGAUUCUGCGCAUGCGAGAAAGCGCCGCUCCAAAUUCAAAUGAUGCCUAUCUGCAUCAACAAAAACUCCAAGAAUGCUACCUCCCGUACUCCGCCAAUACAACCAGUGCAGUCGAUAAUGCCAAGUACUCGAUUCUGCUGGAAGCAUUGACUAUUUUAUUAGCUAGGAACGACGCGCUUCGCAACACCCCCAUCUUGAGAGAAGCGGUCAUGACGGGCAAUGAGAGGAGAAUAGCGAAAGCCGAAGCAGAGAUUCGUCGAAACAAAACCAGUCGCAAGAUGGAAGGCGAUGAGUGGUCGUGGCUGGUUGAGAGUGCGGAUCGGUUGCUUUAUUUGGUGGAAGAGUUAUUGCCUCAGGUUGAUGUCUCGGAUGAAGAUUGA